CAUUUUAAAUUAGUGUUUGUUUAGCAUUAUUGUUAAAAGACAAUUCAGUAAAAGUCAAAAUUUGAUACUAUCAAGAUUGUGUGUUAUAUAUUUUCGGUUGACUAUAUUCGACGACCCAGACACUAUUAAAGGCACCCCACCUCACCAUUCACAAAGAAAAAUAACAAUCAAUUCAUAAAAGCAACAAAAGAAAACACAUUAUUUCUUUCUCUUCUCUGGAAACUUUACACAGAUACACAUGGAAAACAUUGAGCAUAAGCAUGUGGAAGUAAAAGGACUAAAGCUCCAUGUAGCCGAAAUUGGAUGUGGUCCAAAAGUGGUGGUGUUCUUACAUGGGUUCCCAGAAAUAUGGUACACAUGGAGGCACCAAAUGAUAGCAGUGGCCAACAAAGGUUAUCGUGCUAUAGCCUUUGAUUUCAGAGGCUACGGACUCUCAGAUCAGCCAUUAGAGCCUGAGAAAGCCACAUUCCAAGAUCUUAUAGAUGAUGUCGUUGGCCUAUUGGAUUCCCUCGCCAUCAACAAGGCUUUUUUAGUGGGAAAAGAUUUUGGAGCUUUUCCGGCGUACUUAGUAGCGGCAGUUCACCCAGAAAGAGUAUCAGGAGUUGUAACACUAGGCAUUCCUUACAUUCUUCCAGGUACCAAUUCUAUCCAAAACCAUCUCCUUCCUGAAGGCUUCUAUGUCGCAAGAUGGCAGAUACCGGGUCGAGCAGAAGCAGAUUUUGGGCGCUUUGAUGUGAAAUCUGUGGUAAGGAACAUCUACACACUCUUCUCAAGAAGUGAGAUUCCAGUAGCUAAUGAAAACCAGGAAAUAAUGGAUUUGUUUGAUCCAUCUACUCCUCUACCAUCUUGGUUCUCUGAAGAAGAUCUCUCAGUCUAUGCUUCCCUCUACGAAAAAUCGGGUUUUCGUUAUGCUUUGCAGGUUCCAUACAGGAGUUUGUCAGUGGAUAUUGGUAUAAGUGAUCCGAAAGUGAAUGCUCCAGCAUUACUGAUCAUGGGAGAGAAGGACUAUUGCUUGAAAUUUCCAGGGAUGGAAGACUACAUAAGGAGUGGGACAGUGAAGCAACUUGUGCCUGAUCUGGAUAUCAUAUUCUUGGAAGAAGGAUGCCAUUUUGUGCACGAACAACUACCACACUUGGCUAAUCAGCUCAUCAUAACUUUCCUUGACAAACACAGUAGUGCGGCCUCAUAAAGCAUGUCUUUUCUUUCUUUAAACGUGUAUGUCCGAGACCAUGAACCAAAAGAUAAUGAUUUGUCUUUUUACUAUGUCACGAUGUAUGCAAAUAAGCUGUGCUUCACAUUCUGAAGCACUAAAAUGAAUGGCCAAAGUUAAUUUACACAUUUCAACUUCA